AUGCAGGAGUUUGACCAGGAUUCCCUUAUCUCUGAUAUGUUACCAGAGAAUUUAACUGAAUUCAUGGAAUGUUUUGAUCCAGAUGAGUUCUCCAAUUAUUUCAAGUCUGGUUGUUUUGAAGACAUCAUCAAUGACAAUGAGACUCUCAGGCCACUCGAGGCCCCCACCUCAUCCAUUCACCACAAGGAGCCACAGACAGUGAAGCUACAGAAGAAUAAAAGAAAGAGACAGAGAACUUCCCAGCACACCAAAAUGAAUCCCACAACAAAAAGACUAAAAGUAACAGAGCAACCAGUCACCCCUGACGCAAACGGUGAACUGACCAUCACUCCAAAAUCUGUGCCAACUCCAACUCCAGAACCAGUUAGAGACCUCCACCCCUCCCCACCACUGUUUCAGGUCUAUCCAUCCCCACCGGCCACGUCCAUUCCCAUCCAGCUCAUCUCCCUCCCAGACAAUUCAGGAUAUCAGGUGGUCCAGUUGUCCUCUUCUCCUCCUCCUCUCAUUGGGCUUCCACUCUCCAACAUCACGGCUACGCCAGCGUACAUCUUAGCUAACUUAGUUCCUGCCACCCCUCCACCCUGCAAACGCAAAGUGCUCCCACUCUCUCCAGUGAACGGAGCUGUAGCACCUGUUCUGAUGAGUUCUUUCCCACCCAGUUCUCUGUCAGACAUGACCAGCAAAGCAGUGUCCCCACCUCCAUCCCCCAGUAACAAGGUGUCCCCCUGUAAGGAGUCACCAAGGUCUCCCACUGUGGAUGAAAUUCCACAGCGUGUAAAGGAUUAUAUUCAGCAAUACAAGGCACACAUGGCUGAAAUCUGCCAUGAUAUGGAGGCAGGUUUGAGCCUACAUACUCAUUACGUAGAUGUGCAAGUGACUAUGAGAGAGAUUGUUCGAUCAGGAAAGAACACAAACAACAGUCUGGACAAGGAACUUAUAAUCACUGGAGAUGUAGAUCGCCAAAAAAGCUCCAUGGAACAGAAUCAGAUCUUCCAAAACCUAAAUGGAGUCAAGUGUAAUAAACGCUACAUGUUGCUGUUUGGGAAUGCGGGCAUGGGAAAAACCACGCUGAUCAAGAAGUUGUGUCUUGACUGGUCUAAAGACUGCAUCCCUCAGUUUGACUUUGUCUUCUUAUUCGAGGGGAAGAAGCUGACUUUAACAGAGCCCACCUAUAGCCUUCAGACACUUCUGCUCAGCCUUUCCUCCUUCUCUCCCCCCUGCACAGACCCUGGGGAAGUGUACACUCAAAUCCUUGCAGCUCCCAAACGCGUGCUCAUUAUUUUUGAUGGGUUUGAUGAGUUGCGGGACUAUAAAAUGCUGCUCCAGGCUCUAGAGAAGGACUUGGUGACAUCACUGCAGAGAGACAGCAAGGCGCAGAGCUUCACGGUGAAGCAGCUGUUUUCUGCCAUCCUUCAGAGGGUCUUACUUCCAGGGUGCACUCUUCUACUCGCUACACGGCCAAGAGUCGUCGCCAGCCAGUUACUGCGGCGCACAGACAGCCUUCUGGAGGUGUGUGGUUUCAAUCCAGCAAACGUGGAGACGUACUUGUCCAAGUACUUCACUGACCCUACGCUCAAGGCAUCUGUUGUGGACCGGCUAACAGCCAGCAGCUACCUACGACUCCUCUGCUGGAACCCUGGACUCUGCCACAUGGUGUGCACAGUCCUAGAGUGGUCCAAAGGUUCAGAGGUCUUACCAAGAACUCUAACUGGGCUCUGCCACCAGGUGCUGUGUCAAAAAUUGGGAAAAGACAGAGGUAGAACACAAUGGCCUGGUGAAACCCAAGAAGCUCUUACAGAAAUCUCAAAUAAUUCUCAAGUGAGGAAGGGUCAUGAAAAUAAUCAGACUAAGUCCAGAAAAGCCAGGCAGAGCGCCCUUUGCUCCCAGAAAGUGAGAAAGGCAAAAGGACAAGAUAAACAACAAGAGAAAGUGGACGAGGGGAAUGUUUCUGAGGACACAAACAGAAAAGAAGACAAAGAGUUGUUGUCCCAACUGAGCUCUUUGGCCUGGGAGGGGGUCAAAUCCAACACCUCGAUCAUUCCUGCAGGAAGAGUCGUGUCUGCCAAACUCAAGGCGUUUGGCCUGAGGACAGGGCUGCUGCUUUCUCAGCGCCUGAGGACAAUUGUCAAAAGAGAUAAUGAGGAGGGAGGAGGACAUGACACAAACAAGACGAGAAGAGUGGAGGAAGGAGAAAGCAAAGAAAACGGAGGAGACGUUGACCUCGUUGAUGACUGCGGUGAUGGCAUCUUAUUGUGGGCGAACCCUUUCCUUCAGAGUUACAUAGCUGCCGUUCAUUUGUCUUUAUCCAGGACUGUGCCGGACCGUUCCUUCCUCCAGACGCUCCCUCUCCAGACGACUGUCAAAGGCCGUGGAAAACCUAAAAGGGAAGAGCUCGAGCUCACUCAACGAUUUGCCGUGGGCCUUCUGUUCCACAACAGGGCCGAACUAGAGAGGCUUCACUCGUACAGAGAGACUGUCUUCAGAGACAUGUUGCGCAGCAAGCAGGCACUGGCGACAAAACACUUGGAAGAUCUUUCCAUGAGUGAACUGAGUCCAGCUCAGGUCCUAGAGGCAUGCAACUAUGUCUAUGAAGCAAGUUUUACACAUGACGGUAGCGGAGGAAGCCCUGCCAGCAGAAUGUUGACACAUCUGACAGAAAAUCUGCCAGAAUUCCUGACGUUUCGUGGAGUUUCCUUCAGCCCGCCAGAUGUGUUCAGUGUUCAGAAUGUUCUUGAGCAGGGUGGAGCUAAAGGUAGAACGUUCUCUUUGGAUCUGGAGGACUCGGGUAUACAGAUCUGUGGACUUAGAUCUCUGAUGAGCCUCAACAACAUCAACACGUACAGGGCUUGCAUCGCUGAUGUCAUCACCCUUUGGGAGCAGCUGGAGCAGAGUGAUGAAGAAGGACUCCUUCAAGGAGCGGUGUCCAAGUUCAAGAUCCACCCUCUAAAAGCCACACAGGUCUGCCACAUUGAGCAUCUGGAGAACCUGGUGAACAUUCACAUGCGCAAGAGGCUAUCAGAGAGCUCAAGUCAGUUAGAUUCCAUCCUGGCAGAGGGGGUCCCAGCAGUCAAAGAGCUGUGCAAGCUGGAAUUUGAGCUUGGUCCAGAAAACGGUCCCGUGGCUCUUCCCAAGCUCUGGGAUCUUUUGCCAGGUCUACAAAACCUGCAGCACCUUGAUCUAGAAAAGAGUAAGAUCGGGGACAAAGGAGCAGAUAACUUGGCGAAUGCGUUAGUCUCUCUCAAAUGUUUGGAGAUACUAAAUCUGUCACAGAAUUGCAUAGGAGAUGAAGGAGUGAAGAAACUGGCUCUUUCACUGAGGGACCUGCCCAAACUGCACUGUUUAAGUCUUUACAGUAAUGUGAUUUCUGACGAAGGGGCAGAGAGUUUGGCAGCAGUCCUCCCACACAUGGCUUCUCUAACCGAGCUCGACAUUAAAUAUAACAAGAUGACAGAUGUCGGCGCUCAGAGCUUGGGAGCCAGUUUGAGAAGCUGUAAAAAGAUUAAGACAUUAAGGAUGUGGAACCAGUGUAUUCCAUAUGGAGUGUUUGAGAGACUUCAGCAGCAGGACAGCCGCAUCCUUUGGCAUUAA